AUGCCUGCAGCGGGCGAGGACACUGCCAGGAGGGGCUCUGUCUCUGUGAGGAGGGCUAUGAAGGUCCUGACUGCUCUGCAGCCGACGGCCCUGGGGGGCCUCCAGCUCCAGCAGCGGGUGCCUGGAGAUUGGAGUGGUGUCACCAUCACGGAGCUGGAGCCAGGUCUCACCUACAACAUCAGCGUCUACGCUGUCAUUAGCAACAUCCUCAGCCUUCCCAUCACUGCCAAGGUGGCCACCCAUCUCUCCACCCCCCAAGGGCUACAGUUCAAGGCCAUCACAGAAACCACCGUGGAAGUGCAGUGGGAGCCCUUCUCAUUCUCCUUCGAUGGGUGGGAGAUCAGCUUCAUUCCAAAGAACAAUGAAGGAGGGGUAAUUGCUCAGCUCCCCAGCGAUGUUACCUCCUUUAACCAGACAGGAUUGAAGCCAGGGGAGGAGUACAUUGUCAAUGUAGUGGCACUGAAGGAACAAGCCCGGAGCCCCCCAACCUCGGCCAGCGUCUCCACUGUCAUUGAUGGGCCCACGCAGAUCCUGGUUCGAGAUGUCUCCGACACCGUGGCCUUUGUGGAGUGGACCCCACCUCGAGCCAGAGUCGAUUUCAUUCUCUUGAAAUAUGGCUUGGUGGGCGGGGAAGGUGGGAAGACCACAUUCCGGCUCCAGCCUCCCCUGAGCCAGUACUCGGUGCAGGCCCUGCGGCCCGGCUCCCGCUACGAGGUGUCGGUCAGCGCGGUGCGAGGGACCAACGAGAGCAAUGCUGCCACCACCCACUUCUCCACAGAGAUUGAUGCCCCCAAGAACCUGAGAGUCAGUUCCCGAACAGCAACCAGCCUUGAACUUGAGUGGGAUAACAGCGAGGCCGAGGUUCAGGAGUACAAGGUUGUGUACAGCACCUUGGCGGGCGAGCAAUAUCAUGAGGUGCUGGUUCCUAUAGGCCUGGGUCCUACCACCAGAACCACUCUCACAGAUCUGGUACCUGGCACUGAGUAUGGAGUUGGAAUAUCUGCUAUCAUGAACUCACAACAAAGUGUUCCAGCCACCAUGAAUGCCAGGACUGAACUUGACAGUCCAAGAGAUCUCAUGGUGACAGCCUCCUCAGAGACAUCCAUCUCCCUCAUCUGGACCAAGGCCAGCGGCCCAAUCGACCACUACCGAAUUACCUUUACUCCAUCCUCUGGGAUCGCCUCUGAAGUCACUGUGCCAAAGGACAGGACUUCAUACACACUGACAGAUCUAGAGCCAGGAGCAGAGUACAUCAUUUCUAUCACCGCCGAGAGGGGCCGGCAGCAGAGCUUGGAGUCGACCGUAGAUGCCUUCACAGGCUUCCGCCCCAUCUCCCACUUGCACUUUUCUCAUGUGACUUCCUCCAGCGUCAACAUCACCUGGAGUGACCCGUCUCCCCCGGCGGACAGGCUCAUUCUGAACUACAGCCCCCGGGAUGAGGAGGAGGAGAUGAUGGAGGUCUCCUUGGAUGCUACUAAGAGGCAUACUGUCCUGAUGGGCCUGCAGCCAGCCACUGAGUAUAUUGUGAACCUGGUGGCUGUCCACGGCACAGUGACCUCUGAGCCCAUUGUGGGCUCCAUCACCACAGGAAUUGAUCCUCCCAAAGACAUCACAAUUAGCAAUGUGACCAAGGACUCGCUAACUGUCUCCUGGAGCCCUCCAGCUGCAUCUUUUGAUUACUACCGAGUAUCAUAUCGACCCACCCAAGUGGGACGGCUGGACAGCUCAGUGGUGCCCAACACGGUGUCAGAAUUCACCAUCACCAGGUUGUACCCAGCUACCGAAUAUGAGAUCAGCCUCAACAGCGUGCGAGGCAGGGAAGAGAGUGAGCGCAUCUGCACCCUUGUGCACACAGCCAUGGACAAUCCUGUGGGUCUGACUGCUACCAACAUCACCCCUACAGAAGCUCUGCUGCAGUGGAAGGCUCCAGUGGGAGACGUGGAGAACUACGUCAUCGUCCUCACAUACUUUGCCGUUGCUGGGGAGACCAUUUUGGUGGAUGGAGUCAGUGAGGAGUUCCAGCUCGUCAACUUGCUUCCUCGCACAAACUAUACGGUCACCAUGUACGCCGCCAGUGGGCCCCUCACCAGUGGCACCAUCAGCACCAACUUCUCCACCCUUUUGGACCCUCCUACCAACCUGACGGCCAGUGACAUCACCAGGCAAAGCGCACUGAUCUCCUGGCAUCCUCCCAGGGCCGAGAUUGAAAACUACAUCUUGACAUAUAAAUCCACCGAUGGAAGCCGCAAAGAGCUGAUUGUGGAUGCAGAAGACACUUGGAUCCGAUUGGAGGGCCUGUCAGAGAACACAGACUACACAGUGCUCCUGCAGGCAGCCCAGGACACCACCCGGAGCAGCCUCACCUCCACCGCCUUCACCACGGGGGGCCGAGUGUUCUCUCAUCCUCAAGAUUGUGCCCAACAUUUGAUGAAUGGAGACACUCUGAGUGGGGUUUACACCAUCUUCCUCAAUGGAGAGCGAAGCCAGAAGUUGCAGGUGUACUGCGACAUGACCACGGAUGGGGGCGGCUGGAUUGUAUUUCAAAGGCGACAAAAUGGCCAGACUGACUUUUUCCGCAAAUGGGCCGACUACCGUGCUGGCUUUGGGAACCUGGAAGAUGAGUUCUGGCUAGGGCUGGAUAACAUACACAGGAUCACAUCCCAGGGCCGCUACGAGCUCCGUGUGGACAUGCGGGAUGGACAGGAGGCGGUCUUCGCCCACUAUGACAAGUUCUCUGUGGAGGACAGCAGAAACCUGUACAAACUCCGCAUAGGAGGCUACAACGGCACUGCAGGAGACUCCCUCAGCUACCACCAGGGGCGCCCUUUCUCCACAGAGGACAGAGACAACGACGUGGCAGUCACCAACUGCGCCAUGUCGUACAAAGGCGCUUGGUGGUAUAAGAACUGCCACCGGACCAACCUCAACGGGAAGUAUGGGGAGUCCCGGCACAGUCAGGGAAUCAACUGGUACCAUUGGAAAGGCCACGAGUUCUCCAUCCCCUUUGUGGAAAUGAAGAUGCGACCCUACAACCACCGUGUCUCAGCAGGGAGGAAACGGCGGGCCUUACAGUUCUGAGCAGUGGGCAGCCGGGAACCAAACGAUCUUUUCUGUCCUUUGUUUGUAUUUUAUAAUAUGAGACAAGCGGGGGAGGCAAUAGUCAUGUGCUUGGCAACAUACAUAUUAAGAGUGUUGGAAGGAAGGCAGGGGCGUCGCAGAGAUCAUCAGCUGACUCCCAUCCAUCUGCUCAUAGUUUCUGCUGCCGUGGAGCCUGGUUCUGGGACUGCCUUCUCCCUCCUCCACAGUCAUCCCUAACUAACCCCUCCUUUCCCAUCUAGGAGGAAAGGAGGGAAGCUGUGGACUGCUGAGGGUUAUGGUGACAGGCACAUGCCUUCCCGGUAUUUGUGAUCUCAUCACAAGCCUUCGAGGGCCAGGUGAUCAAUCACACCAGCCCAGAGAAGAAACCUCAGCCACAGGACUUGGCCAACAACUUCCCAUUAAAAAGGAGGAAGAGAUCAACAACCCAAGUCCUUUGCGAUGGGCCAAAGAUUCUCAUCCUCUGUGGUUCCUACCUUUUCCAACCCAACCCAUCAGUCCUUCACCAAAUUUUAUUCACCCUUAGUUCCUAUUGGGUUGAAAUCUCAUUCUCAAGGCAGAUACUGUUUGAUCCUGGUCUUGGGUUACACAGUGGCUACGUGACCUAG